AAGUAGAAAAGAAGAUUGAAGUAAUAAUAUUAAGGAAGUGUCAUAUUUCUUCCUUACCAUCCAUAUCUUGGAUUUUUUUCUUUAAUAUGAAGGACAUACUCAUAAGGGCUUUUGGAAAUGUUUUAAAUAUGAGCUACAGAGAAAUGUUGGGUUUCUCCACUGCCAGACUUCUCUGAAGCAUUCACUAGCUAAUGGGUUUGUGAGCCCAGAAGCACAAGCAUUCCCAAAACUUCUGGGAAGCUUAAUUUGCCAAGAUCUUUGCAGGCCUUGUGCUCUCUGGAACAUGCAUUGGAAAAUGCUGCUGUGGUGGAAAGAGAACAGAAGGUGCUGGCUACCUGGGCUCUGAUGAACAUUGGAACAAAGAAAGGCAAACUCCUAAAAUGCUCAAACUGAGAACUUGAGGACAAUCAAGCUUUUUCUGUCUCUCAAGCAGCAAGCAAUGCCAGUUUUUAUUCUGCAAACCAUUUGGAAGACAGUUCAACAGUAUGGGAUUGUGCUGGAUGCGGGCUCUUCUCACACAAGUUUAUAUAUCUAUAAAUGGCCAGCAGAAAAGGAGAAUGACACAGGGGUGGUGCAUCAGAUAGAAGAAUGCAAGGUAAAAGGUCCUGGAAUCUCAAAAUAUGUUCAGAAAAUAAAUGACAUAGGCAUUUACCUGUCUGAAUGCAUGGAAAAAGCCAAGGAAGUGAUUCCAGAGUCCCAGCACCAAGAGACACCUGUUUACCUGGGAGCCACAGCAGGCAUGCGGUUGCUCAGGAUGCAAAGUGAGCAGUUGGCGGACAGGGUCCUGGGUGUGGUGACAAAGAGCCUCAGCAGCUACCCCUUUGACUUCCAGGGUGCCAGGAUCAUCACUGGCCAAGAGGAAGGUGCCUAUGGCUGGAUUACUGUCAACUAUCUGCUGGGCAAAUUUACUCAGAAAUCAAGUUGGUUAGACCUAAUUUCUUAUGAAAGCAAAGAUGAGGGAACCUUUGGAGCUUUGGACCUUGGGGGAGCCUCUACGCAAAUCACUUUUGUGCCCCAAAACAAGAUUCCUGAGACUUCAGACAACUAUCUGGAAUUUCGCCUCUAUGGCAAGAACUACAGCGUAUACACACACAGCUUCUUGUGCUAUGGGAAGGAUCAAGCGCUCUGGCAGAAACUGGCCAAGGACAUUCAGGUUGCAAAUAAUGGAAUUCUCAAGGACCCAUGCUUUCACUCUGGAUAUGAGAGGAUAGUGAAUGUAAGUGACCUUUACAAGACCCCCUGCACGAAGAAAUUUGAGAUGACCCUUCCAUUCCAGCAGUUUGAAAUCCAGGGUACUGGAGACUAUCAACUAUGCCAGCAAAGCAUCCUAGGGCUCUUCAACACCAGUUACUGCCCUUAUUCCCAGUGUGCUUUCAAUGGGAUUUUCUUGCCACCACUCGAAGGGAAUUUUGGGGCAUUUUCAGCUUUUUACUUUGUGAUGAAUUUUUUAAACUUGACAUCAGAAGAACUCUCUCAGGAAAAUGUGAUUGAGAUGGUGGGAAAUUUCUGCUCUAGGCCUUGGGAGGAGGUAAAGGCAUCUUUUGUUGGAGUAAAGGAGAAAUACCUGAGUGAAUACUGCUUUUCUGGUACUUACAUCCUCUCCCUCCUCCUGCAAGGCUAUCACUUCACAGCUGAUUCCUGGAAGCAUAUUCAGUUCCUUGGCAAGAUCCAGGGCAGCGACGCCGGCUGGACUUUGGGCUACAUGCUGAACCUGACCAACAUGAUCCCAGCUGAGAAGCCUAUAUCCUUACCUCUCCCCCACUCCACCUAUGUCUUCCUCAUGGUUCUCUUCUCCCUGAUACUUGUUGCAGUGGUCCUCACAGGCUUGUUUAUCUUUCAUAAGCCUUCAUUUUUCUCAAAGGAAGUGGUAUAGCGAGAACAGCUGGAAUCUGCUGACUGGAGUGAGAAAGAAAAAAAAACUUGCCCAGGGAGCAAUUUCCUACACCGUGGUGUUCAAGGUCAUUCUUCCCUGCUUGCCAGGGCCAGUCUUGACCAGCAUGAAGCUUCCUUGGCUUUUGAUGAAGUCUUUCUUUGGGAGGUAUUCACCACCCUCUGCCACAAGGACUUCUGGUAGACAUGUCUCUUUUGUGAGUCUUUUUUAGCUACCCCCUUUCUCCUUUGUACUCUGUGCUGUGUUGGUUGUGAAGGCCUGCCACUUUUCAUGAUCUUUGCUUUAUAAAAGAACAAUAUCGACUUUGCCUAGAAAAACGGAGAGUCCUGAGUCCUGUGCUGGGAAGUUGAACUGGUUAAAAGAAGAAUCUCAGGAAUUGGUUCAAUUGUAUUCUUUAAGAAGCUCUCUCUCCUGCUUCCCAUUUAUUAAUAACGCCAUAUGAUGCCUUUGAAGAAGGAAGACACACAUCCCACUCCAACAAAAGGCUGCCCUUUGGUUGAAAAAUUUUCUAGAGUAGGCAAAUAUGUGGUAAGGCCAAAGAGUUUUACAAGGGAAUCUAUGUACUCUUGCAGUUAAUACAAUUAUUAAUAUUAAUUCCAUCCAAAACAGGGAUGUGAAUGAGUCACAUAUUCCUGAUGAUCAUGAUGCCAAAUAGUAUAGAGAGGAACACUCAGAGCAGAGAUUUUUAAAAAGCAGAUGUUCAUACAAGCAUUCAAAUAUCAGGGCUUACUACAUAGUAGACAUAUACAUGUCAGGAAGAAAAAUAUAGUUACAACUCAGGGUCAGGAAAAUGCAUCCUCCAACACAUCUUAUGAGGUUUUGUUUUUAUUAAGGUAAAAUAUACAUAAAUAAAACUCACCAUUUCAGCAUUCAAUUCUGUACAAAUCAAUGACAUUUAGUAUCUUCACAAUGUUUUGCAACCAUCUUCACUAUUUAGUUCCAGAACAUUUUCAUCAUCAAAAAAUUGUCUAGAGGUAAGACCAUCCUGGGUAGGCACAAACCAUAAAUCUUUCAGUUAACAACUGCACCUGCUAAGAUGUCUCACUGAGUUUUAAAGCUGUGCCACAUCUCAUUGUCACAGGGUUUAAUUUAGUGAGAGGGUGGCAUUAGUAUGGAGUAGCAUGCUUUUGUCCUUCAUGGUGUUUACACAUCAAAAUGUGCCAGGAACCAAGUCUGCACCACCGUUGUGCAGUGGGCUUUAAAGUAUGGGCUUUAUUUACUUAUUCCAUGGAAUAUUUUGUGGGAGAAGCAGCCUGGAAAGAUAGAAAGAUGAAGAGAUCCUAUAUGCCUUCCCCUUAACGAUUACUGCAAGAAUUACCUGUUGAGCAGGAUUGAGUGGUGAUGUAUUACUCUGAUCUUGUCCCAAGCUCUCCAUCUCUGGAUCUGGGGACUGACUGUUGAGCUUAUUGGGGAAAGAAAAAUCUCUCCCACAAACUAGAAGCCAUAUGUCUCUGCAUCUCUUGAACAACCAAGCCAUUUUUUACAACAGCCAGGUGAAUAUAAACUUCAAAUAGCUGUGCACAGGAACUUUUUAUUUUCUUCUCUGCUACUCACAUUUGAAUUCUUUGGACAUUGAUUAGGAAUCAGAAGCCAAAUUGGGAUAUGUUCAAAGUCUCUUUCUAGUGUUAGUUGCUUAUAUUGUUAUAUCUGCUAUUGACUGAGCAUUUGUGGUGUACCAGGCUCUGUGCUCAAGUGCAUUGCAUUCAUUUUCUCAUUUAAUCCUCACAAUAAUCUGAAGAAGGCAGCUAUUACCACCUCUAUUUCACAGAAACAGAAACUGAAUCUCAGAGAAGUCAUUUGCCUACAUGGCUGAGCAAAAGUAUGGCAUGCACUUAAUCAUUAUUUUCUUUCCUGAAUAUAAUAGGCUGUCUCUUCAUAACUUCCAAGCAUGUACCUUAAACUUCACAUGAUCCACAUGAAUACAGGGUUCAUGGGGCAUGGUAGAAAGGAAA